GGGGGGGGCUGAGGGGGACGCCCGCCCACCUCGGCCCCGGCCGGCGGAGACAAAGGCUUGGGAACGCUGUGGCUAGAGCGCCGCCGGUCGCCUGGUAACCACUCGCGGUUGCUUUAUCCGGGGGCGGCUCCCGGCCGGCCGGGGUGGAGUCGAGGUCCCUGCGGGCUACCGCCCGCCUGGCGGCUCGCUGCGUCCCGGAGCUAGCUCUUGCCCCCGCUCCGGUUCCUAUGCGGGGGGCGGCACUUCCAGCAGCGUGGACCGCAGCGGGCAGUUCCUCUGGGCGGCAGGUCGCGUCCCUGCGAGCGCGUCUCAGUGCUGCCCCGGAGCGCCAUGAGCUCGGAGCCGACCCGCGCCUCGCUGCUCCGCGCCCUGUUUAAGAUGGAGCCGGCCGCCUCCGAAGUGCUGGGGGGAGCCUCCGAGUUCGUGAAAGAUCGCCUCUACUUCGCUACUUUGCGGAAUAAGCCCAAAAGUACGGUGAACACCCACUACUUCUGUACUGACGACGAACUGGUCUAUGAGAAUUUCUAUGCAGAUUUUGGCCCUUUAAAUUUGGCGAUGUUAUACAGAUAUUGCUGUAAACUUAAUAAGAAAUUAAAGUAUUUCAGUCUGUCAAGAAAGAAGAUUGUUUACUAUACCAGUUUUGACCAGCGGAAACGAGCAAAUGCAGCUUUUUUAAUAGGUGCAUAUGCUGUAAUAUAUUUGAAGAAAACACCGGAAGAAGCAUACAGGACGCUUCUGUCUGGAUCUAAUCCACCAUAUGUUCCAUUUAGGGAUGCUUCAUUUGGGAACUGCACCUACAAUCUCACCAUCUUGGACUGUUUACAGGGAAUAAAUAAGGCCUUACAGCAUGGAUUUUUUGACUUUAAGACUUUUGAUGUGGAUGAAUAUGAACACUAUGAGCGAGUAGAAAAUGGUGAUUUCAACUGGAUUGUACCAGGAAAAUUUCUGGCAUUUAGUGGACCACACCCAAAGAGCAAAUUUGAAAAUGGUUAUCCUCUUCAUGCACCUGAAGCCUACUUUCCCUAUUUCAGGAAACAUAACAUCACAUCAAUUAUAAGACUAAACAAAAAAAUUUAUGAGGCAAAACGCUUUACUGAUGCUGGUUUUGAGCAUUAUGACCUGUUCUUCAUAGACGGAAGCACGCCAAGUGACAGUAUAGUUCAGAGGUUCCUGAACAUCUGUGAAAAUGCUAAUGGCGCUAUUGCUGUACAUUGUAAAGCUGGCCUGGGGAGAACGGGAACACUGAUCGCCUGUUACAUAAUGAAACACUACAGGUUCACACACACUGAAGCCAUUGCUUGGAUAAGAGUAUGUCGACCAGGCUCUAUUAUAGGACCUCAGCAACACUUCUUGGAAGAGAAACAAGCAAUGUUAUGGCUGGAGGGAGAUCUCAUACAAUCAAAACAGAAGCAACAAGUAGUUGAUGGAAACAUUAACAGAGUUCUCUGCGGUUUGAAUGAUAUGUCAAUCAAUGACAGCUUGCUUAAAGUGCAAGACUUGGAUCAAUAUGAGGAGUAUGAUUUUGAAGACAAGGAAGGUGUGGAAACUAUGGAUGGCCUGACACAGGGAGAUAAGCUUCAUGCCUUAAAGAGUCGGAGACAGCCGUGUUCUACAACUGGAGCUCUGAGGCUGCAAGAAAUGAAACUGCACUCCAGGUCCAUAUCACAACCUUUCAGACUGAAUACUUCAGGAACUAUGGAAGGAUCCGUAUCUCCAUUGAAGGCCUCAAAAAUCAUGGCAGUUAAUUCAUCAUCUGCAGAAAGAAUAAACAGAAUUACCUCUUCCUCAGGCUCAAAUCUUAAAAGCAUUUCUAUAAACUCCAGAUUAGCCAGUUCUCUAGGGAACCUGUAUGCUGCUUCAGAUGAUGAUGAGAGCAAAAUGACAUCAUUGUCCUCUAGGACAGGUUUUUCCGUAAGCCAAAUCUCCAGCCACUUGAAUGGCAGCUUGCAGCUGCCUCGCAGAAAUAACCAUGAACUGAACAACAACUUGUACAACAGAAGCAGCAAUAAUGGCAACAACCUGAGCAGCCAAACCAGUUUUCACAGCACCGUGACAGAUGAGUAUGCACCAAGUCUCCUUUAUGGGCCUUACAGCUCUUCCAGCACAAUACCAGAGUCGAUCAAUUCCUUCCCUUCAGUCUGAAUAUGUUCAGUACUAAAGCUUUGCUGCUUUGGUGAAACCUGCUGAGUUCUUACCAUGGAAGUCCUUCGUGAAGAAGAAUUUAAAGAGAGAAGCUGCUCAUUCAGUUGAGGAGUCUUCAAUAAAAGUUAUAUUAAAACCAUAACACCAAGGAACAACUUCUCAACAGACAGAAAUUUCUUGUUAAUGACUACUGCAGACGCACUGAAGUUGUUUUAUGGAAAUUAUUCCUCCAUGUUAUAUACAGAUUUAAAUUUUUAAUGUUGAAACUACUUGAAUAUAUUUCUAAUUAAUUUCAUUAUAGCAUUUAUUAACUUGUGUACAGUCUUAAAAUGUAUUAAGAGAAUAUUUUAUAAAGCUAUAUAUAAGAAUUAUGUAAAAAUUAGAAUGUUUUAAUUUAGUUGUUCACUUCUUUGCUACCAAAAUGUGUAUUUUAAAGAAUUUUUUCACGUUUAUCAGAGAUAUUUUUUUAAUGAACAAGAGAUUUUUCUUGUUUUAUGGGUCCAUUAUUGCUUAAAGGCUAAUGUAAUUACCUCUUUCGCUGAUUGGUCUUCUGAUAACUUAAUAGAAGUCUAACUAAUGAGAGACUAGUUAUUAUGCUAUCAACUGAAAGCACUUGAAUACAUAGUCUGCUUUCCACAUUGAGCUGCUAAUGUUUCAUUAGGAAAUGCUAUGAAAGAAAAAUGAGUUACAUUGCAACUUAGAUCUUCCAUUGCAAAUAGAAAGUAACUUAGCUGAUGAUUCAAUUAAUACUUUUACAUUUUACUUUAAAAGUUAAAACAUUUCUUUAAAAGUAGAAUGUUAAAUUUUGCUAUGCAAUGUCUACUGCAAAAAUAGACAGGCAAAGCAUAUUGACAAAGAAAGAAUGUUUUAAUUUGGCUGUGCUGCAUACUUGCAUUUUCCAAGUUUCAGCAGUAAAACAUACUGAAGUAAAUGUUUUGGAAGUAUACUGAAUUCUCACUUACUGAUUGGGUGUUCCAUAAACCUUUUAAUUUGAAAACUAUUGUCAGAUAUAUAGGUAGUGUAAGUUGCUGUGGCACAUAAGCUUUGUCAGCAGUAAGGAUAUUCUCUAAUACAUAAGCCAGUGCAAUUAGGAAUGAAUUUUUUGAAUGAAAUGGUCUUAUAGUGAAGUAUUAGAGAUCAUGUAUAAGUUCUUCAGAAUUCCGCAAAUACAAUCACAGGAUAAAAAAACAGCAUCUGUGAGAACUUUAGAAGACAAACACAAAACAGAUUUGUUAGCCGUGAGUUUUUCCAAAAUCUACAAGAACAUGACAGUAGAGCUUGUUGACUUGUCAGUCUUUGUUUCUGAAGACCUGUGAAUUAUCUCUAUUUGCCCUGCAACUGAAGUUGCCACCAGGUCACAAAUCGCUACAUAGUCGUACUGAAAGUGUUAAUAAGCAAUACUGAGAGCAGCUAUAUAAAUCACUGAAUAAAACUUACAUGCAAUACUGUACUUUUCCACAAUUGUGUAUAUGUAAAAUAUACACACAAAGUAGCAUAUGUGUGUGCAUAUAUAUAUAUAUAUAUAUAUACACACACACAACAUACUAUAUAUGAAUUAUAGAUUAAUGGUAAGGUAAUUCUACCUCUUAUGAAAAAAAUGGCAUGUGCUUUAUUAUAAAUGGUUUUCUUUAAAAACAAAAACAAAACUGUUUCAUUUUGGAAUGUAGAUAUAUGUACAUGUAUACAGCUAAUUGAUAAUAAAAUGCAGAUAUCAGCCAGC